GAAGAGCCUCAGCGCUCGUCGGAGAUUACAGUCGUCUGAAGGACGGCCUCUCGAGUCACCGAUUGCUCUGUGAAGAUAAGAGCGAUCGACAUGAGCGAAUUCAAUAUUCUCAUCCUGUGCGCUCUCCUGAGCCAGUGCGGUCCUCCUGCUUUCGGAUGCGAUGUUGCGUCGACAGCGGAGACGAUUUCCGCGGGCAAUGGGCUAGAAUCUGCCCGAUUCGAGGUCCCUGAGAAUAACGGCAUCAACAGCGACGACGAAAUCGCAGAUAGGAUGAGGAGAAAAGAUUCGCAGCGCUCAAGUGUGCCGUCAACGUCUCCUCCCCCAAAACAGAAUCGGAGAUGGGCCAAGAGGAGCAAUAAGAAACAGGAGAGAAUCCCCGGAAAAUCCAGGACCAGAGGUUUGACUAGGGAAACUGCCGACUCCGAGGCACGCGAGAAAUCCAGGGAUUCUGAUCGAGCGAGUGAUGAUCGAUAG